AUGACAUCGCCGGCCGUUCCAUUGCGACAUGCCCGCGGGGCCUUGACACGGGCUAUCGCCGGGCAAACCGUCCGUUUGUUCGCCACCAUCCGUCCUACUCCUCCCACGCCGACAUCCGCAUCCGCAUCCGCAUCCACAUCCACAUCGACAUCGGCAUCGACAUCGACAUCGACAUCGACAUCCUCUUCCCCGUCUUCGUCCGGGCUGUCCUCGUCGUCAGCUACGCAACCCACCCAAGGCCGCCGCAAGACCUACUUCAAGGACACCGCCGUGGCCCCCUUCGCCGAGUUCGUCGGCAGCAGCUCCACGACGGGCGGGCCGGCGCUCUCCCCCUCGGAAGCGUACGAGAUCCGCACGGUGGAGGUGACGACGCCGACGGGCAAGAAGAAGACGGUGACGCGGCUGCCGGAGUGGCUGAAGACGGGGAUCCCGGGGGGCGGCAGCGCCAACUUCGCGGCGAUCAAGCGCGACCUGCGCGGGCUGGGCCUGCACACGGUGUGCGAGGAGGCGCGGUGCCCCAACAUCGGCGAGUGCUGGGGCGGGUCGGACAAGAACGCGGCGACGGCGACCAUCAUGCUCAUGGGCGACACGUGCACGCGCGGGUGCCGGUUCUGCAGCGUCAAGACGUCGCGCGCGCCGCCGCCGCUCGACCCGCACGAGCCCGAGAACACGGCCGAGGCGCUGGCGCGUUGGGGUCUGGGGUACGUGGUGCUGACGAGCGUGGAUCGGGAUGACCUGGCCGACGGCGGGGCGAGGCACUUUGCGGAGACGAUUCGUAGGAUCAAGGCGAAGAAGCCGAGCAUCCUUGUCGAGGCCCUCACGGGGGAUUUCCGGGGGGACGAGGAGAUGGUGGCCGUCGUGGCGGGGAGCGGGCUGGAUGUCUAUGCGCAUAAUGUCGAGACGGUGGAGGGGCUGACGCCGUAUGUGCGGGAUCGGAGGGCGACGUUCCGGCAGAGUUUGAAGGUGUUGGCGGCGGCCAAGGCGGCGAAGCCGGAGCUUAUUACCAAGACGAGUUUGAUGUUGGGGUUGGGCGAGCAGGAGCACGAGGUCAUGGAUGCGCUGAGGGAACUACGGAAGACCAACGUCGACGUAGUCACUUUCGGCCAGUACAUGCGCCCAACCAAGCGUCACCUCCAGGUCGAGAGGUAUGUCACGCCCGACGAGUUCGAGAUGUGGCGCCAGCGAGCCCUCGAUAUGGGGUUCCUGUACUGUGCUAGCGGACCUCUCGUCCGGAGCAGCUACAAGGCGGGCGAGGCGUUCAUCGAGAACGUGCUUCGCAAGAGGGCAGGCGAGAAGGCCAUGGGGGGGAAGGAUCUCGGUCACACGGUAGCGUUGGAGGAUGCUCCCAAGGUUCUAUGA